CAGUAAUAAAAAAAAAUCUCGCGUUUUGGACUGCUCGUUCAUGACUCGCACACCCAUAGUGUGUUUACUUCUAGCCAGUGAAGGCUCACUGGGAACUACAGGUCUUUAAAAUGAUCGAGGUGAAAUGAGAUUUCCAGAGAUGGAGAUGUGAGGAUGUGCAUUUUGUGAUCUGCCAACAUGGACUGAUUGUAGUUGAAAGGCUUUUUCCAGGCUGUCUUAGAGCAACAACUGGAACAAGAGACUUUGACGCUAAGGCUAGCUAGCAAAGCAACUUAGCUUGACUCUUUGAAUCAGCUUUAACCCAGCGACAGGUAUUAUGUACACUUUUAACAAGCUCCCCUGUGUGUCUAGCUUCAUGUGUUGUCCUCUUCUGGCCAUUGGCUGACUUUCUAUGGCUGUAUUUCUUUAGCUGUUGUCUAGCGUCGGCGUUAGCCUUCAGCUGUCUUUCGCUGCUAGCUGAUGUGUAGCUAUAGUUAUUGCCUCCCAGUGGUGGAAAAAGUAUUCAAAUCUUUUAACGAUUCCUGGAGUGGUUUGAGAGCCCUGAGAGACUCUCAAGUCAGCAUGGCUCCCAAGGACAUCAUGACUAAUUCCCACGCCAAGUCCAUCCUUAAUGCCAUGAACUCUCUCCGCGAGAGCAACACACUCUGCGAUAUAACUUUAAGGGUGGAAAAUACAGAUUUUCCAGCUCACCGAAUUGUCUUAGCUGCCUGCAGUGACUAUUUCUGUGCCAUGUUCACCAGUGAGCUUGCAGAAAAGGGAAAAUCAUUUGUGGACAUUCAGGGGCUCACUGGAUCAACAAUGGAGAUCUUGUUGGACUUUGUGUACACAGAGACAGUGCUAGUUACUGUGGAGAACGUGCAAGAACUGCUCCCCGCGGCGUGCUUGCUUCAACUUAAAGGGGUGAAAAGAGCGUGUUGUGAUUUUUUGGAGAGCCAGCUGGAUCCGUCGAACUGUCUGGGCAUCCGUGACUUUGCUGAAACUCACAAUUGCCUCGACCUGAUGCAAGCUGCUGAGCUCUUUUCCCAAAAGCAUUUCUCAGAGGUGGUUCAGCAUGAGGAGUUCAUGCUGCUGAGCCAGACAGAAGUGGAAAAGCUCAUAAAAUGUGAUGAAAUCCAGGUGGACUCAGAGGAGCCUGUAUUUGAAGCUGUGCUAAACUGGGUCAAACACAACCGAAAAGAGAGAGAGCCUUUUUUGCCAGACAUGCUAGAGUUUGUCCGAAUGCCAUUGCUGACACCGCGCUACAUUACAGAUGUCAUUGAUGCUGAGCCUCUUAUACACUGCAGCCUACCAUGUCGAGACCUUGUUGAUGAAGCAAAGAAAUUCCACCUAAGACCAGAGCUGAGGAGCGAGAUGCAAGGCCCACGCACACAAGCUAGAUUAGGUAGCUGUCUUGAAUUUAGCAUUGGUUGCGUCUCCUUUGUCAUCCACGCUGCUGUUGACAUCAAAAAUGUUUUUUCAGGUGCUAAAGAAGUCCUUUUGGUCAUCGGUGGCUUUGGCAGCCAGCAAUCGCCAAUUGACAUAGUUGAGAAAUAUGAUCCGAAAACUCAAGAGUGGAGCUUUCUUCCAAACAUUGCAAGGAAAAGGCGUUAUGUUGCCACAGUGUCCCUCCAUGAUCGAGUUUAUGUGAUUGGAGGUUAUGAUGGACGGUCAAGGCUCAGCUCUGUGGAGUGUCUGGACUACACGGCAGACGAGGAUGGUGUUUGGUAUACCGUUGCUACCAUGAAUGUGCGGCGUGGCCUGGCUGGGGCAACAACACUUGGAGACAUGAUAUAUGUUGCCGGAGGAUUUGAUGGCAGCAGACGCCACACAAGCAUGGAACGAUAUGACCCUAAUAUUGACCAGUGGAGCAUGCUGGGAGAUAUGCAGACAGCGAGAGAAGGUGCUGGUCUGGUGGUGGCCAGUGGACUGAUAUACUGUCUUGGUGGAUAUGAUGGACUCAAUAUACUGAAUUCAGUGGAGCGGUAUGACCCCCACACAGGCCACUGGACAAGUGUCACCCCGAUGGCCACCAAGCGCUCAGGGGCUGGUGUGGCUUUGCUCAAUGACCACAUCUAUGUCGUUGGAGGCUUUGAUGGCGUUUCACACCUCGACUCCGUUGAGGUCUAUAACAUCAGGACAGACUAUUGGACCACUGUGGCCAGUAUGACCACUCCUCGGUGCUACGUAGGAGCAACUGUCCUCAGAGGACGCCUUUAUGCCAUCGCCGGAUACGAUGGGAAUUCUCUCCUCAGCAGUAUUGAAUGUUACGACCCGGUUAUCGAUUCCUGGGAGGUGGUUACCUCCAUGGUGACGCAGCGGUGCGACGCAGGAGUCUGUGUGCUACGAGAAAAGUGAUCUCAGCCUGAGAACUAAACGAACCACAAGCGGCUUGAAGGAUAGGCAGCUAGACUUUGAUACAAUGCCACUAAAUGGGAGCCACAAUGGCAGAUGUUUGUGUGUUUGUUCAUCAGUUUGCUCAAGGGAACUUGUAAAAACAAACCACUCAUUCGCCGCACCUUUGCCACGCGCAUCCUGCUAGAGAAAUGGAGCUUGGCUGCGAUCGACCACCGAGGAGACUAUCGUCAUUUGCAUGACUCUCUUUAGUGGCACUGUCAAUAUCUGUGAGAUUUGUCUUCCAAGUGCAAUAUAUUUGUACACAUCAUCAGAAAAUAUAAACAUUGGAGAUGCUGCUAUGCGCCUUAUGACUCUGGCUACAUCGUGAACAUUCAUGUUGCCUUGUUAAUGUUAAUGUUAUCGGUAAUGGUCCAUUUGCUGCUUGUUUAGCAUUUGCCAGGUCUUUGCAAUUAUCUUUAUAAGAACUGCUUUGAGAAUCCCCAUAAUAAAACGUUUUCAUUCACGUUAGAGAUGAAUAUUGUUUUGAGAUAACUGAAUUGUACCGGUUAGAUUAUUUUCUCGAAAAUGACAAACAUCUGAAGUGCAUGCCAUUUGUUUCCUGCGCAAGCAUUUCAAUUUAAAUAUGUGACUUCCCUCUUGCUUGGAAAGUGAAUAAACACACAUAAUUGACACUUAUUAUCAUCUUAAUAUGCCUGAAUGCCUGUUUUGUAAUGCAGAUACAAGGCCAGAAACUCAUUUGACAUGUUGACUGCCAACUCACUGAUGAUGACACUGUUACUUCCCCUAGUAUUGUUUCUUGACUCUUGAUUACAGUGUGUAAUUGAUACAGUAUAACUUGGAUGAAAAUUGUUUGCAGUUGGAAACAACCUUAAAUCAGUCAAUUGUGAGUUUUGACCCAGGAGAUGCUUUGCCAAGCUUUUACUGCAGCUAUGUUUACUUGUUGUUUAUGGGCCUUGGGCCCUUAAUUUUGUCUUCAGCAAAAAAAAUAUUAACAAAAAAAUCUUU